UCUUGUUUGUUUGUUUGUUUUAACUUUGGUUUGAGGGAAUUCGGGAACUUAGGGGCAGCGAUAGUUAUUAGACUCCUGGCGGCCAGAUUGGUACAUGACAGAAGUGUUCCUUCCACAGCCUCGAAGAGGGGGUGUCUGGCUGUUUGCCUGCUUCCGUGAUUCCUUGCUUAAGUGUACUUCAGAUAACACCAGAUAAUCAACCAUCAGGAUGGGAGUGAAUGACCUGUGGCAAAUUUUGGAGCCUGUAAAGCAACAUAUCCACUUGCAGGAUCUUUGUGGGAAGACCAUUGCCGUUGAUUUGAGUCUCUGGGUAUGCGAGGCACAGACAGUGAAGAAAAUGAUUGGAACUGUCAUGAAGCCCCACCUCAGGAACCUAUUUUUUCGUAUUUCAUAUUUAACUCAAAUGAAUGUAAAACUGGUGUUUGUGAUGGAAGGGGAGCCACCAAAGCUGAAAGCUGAUGUCAUGAACAAGAGGACUCAGACUCGAUACGGGCCUUCUGGAAAAUCGAGGUCUCAGAAAACAGGGAGAUCGCAUUUUAAGUCAGUCUUACGAGAGUGCCUUGAAAUGCUAGAGUGCCUAGGAAUGCCCUGGGUCCAGGCUGCGGGGGAAGCUGAGGCCAUGUGUGCUUACCUUAAUGCCAGCGGCCAUGUGGACGGCUGCCUCACCAACGACGGCGAUGCUUUCCUUUAUGGAGCCCAGACUGUGUACAGGAAUUUCACCAUGAACACAAAGGAUCCACAUGUUGACUGUUACACGGUAUCAUCUAUCAAGAGUAAGCUAGGCUUGGAUCGAGAUGCUCUGGUGGGACUGGCGGUACUUCUUGGUUGUGAUUACCUUCCGAAGGGAGUGCCUGGAGUUGGAAAAGAACAAGCGUUAAAACUUUUGCAGAUUUUGAAAGGUCAAAGUUUGCUUCAGAGGUUUAACCAGUGGACUGAAGAACCUGGCUACUCUGUUCCACAAUCAGCAGCAAAAAAAGUGGUUCACUGCUCGGUGUGUUCCCAUCCAGGUUCUCCUAAGGAUCAUGAACGCAAUGGGUGCACACUAUGUAAAAGUGAUAGAUACUGUGAACCACAUGAUUAUGAAUACCUCUGUCCUUGUGAAUGGCACCAGACAGACCAUAAUAGGCAACUAAAUGAAAUAGAAAACAAUAUUAAAAAGAAAGCUUGCAGUUGCGAAGGAUUUCCAUUCCAUGAGGUCAUCCAAGAAUUCCUUUCGAAUAAGAAUAAACUGUUAAAACCGAUCAGGUACCAAAGACCUGAUUUAUUAUUGUUUCAGAGAUUUACUGUUCAAAAAAUGGAGUGGCCCAGUCACUAUGCGUGUGAAAAAUUGUUGGUGCUUUUGACCCGCUAUGACAUGAUAGAAAGAAAACUUGGUAGAAAGACUUCCAAUCAACUACAGCCAAUUAGAAUUGUUAAACCUCGAAUCAGAAAUGGAGUCUGUUGUCUUGAAAUAGAAUGGGAAAAGCCUGAACAUUAUUCGGUAGAAGAUACACAACCUGGAGGACUGGAUCUCCUUACAAUCGAAGAAGCAUCACUGUUUGAAGCAGCCUAUCCUGAAGUUGUAGCUAUCUACCAGAAACAACAGUCAGAAACUAAAGGGAAGAAACAGAAAAGUAAGGAUAUAAAAAUUAAGCCCAAAGGAAGCCAUCUACCAGAAUCAGAUGAUGUGAUCAGUUCCCAGUCACUUAUUACUUUAGAACCUAUAUCAAAAGCCUUCCCCAAGCAGAAUCCCAAAUUUGAUUUGGAAAUUUCUCCAGAUCCUAUUUUAGCACAGGAGUCUACUUCUCCCUCAUUGAGUAGUUUUGUUUCCCCUGAAAAUGCUCUUGGUUUGAAUUUGCAAGAACAGUUAAUGCCUUCUCCAAGAACUUUGGCUGUAAAGCAAACUAAAGAUGUCAGUAAUUUUCUAGUUUCAGAGUGUAGUCAGCCCAGUUCUUCAUCCCAUAAUAUUUCUGUGAUUACUGAUCUACACUUGAGUACCAUUGACUGGGCAGGUACUUCUUUUAGUAAUUCUCCAGCAGUUCAAAGAAACACUUUCUCUCAAGAUUUACAAUCAGAACCUGAAUCAUCAGCCAUCCUUCCUGCCUUUGAACAGUUGUCAUAUGAAUCAGAACAAUGUACCUUAAGCAACAAAGUGUCCAAUAGAGGUCUUCAGAAGAGUGGUCCUGAAGAGCAUCUCCUUUCCAGCAUCACUGGUUUACAUCUUCACGAUUUGCCUCUAAAGGAAAGAAUACAUAUAAAAUCUUCAUGCCCUCAGUAUAAUGUAGGAGCAGAUGCUGACCUGGAAAGUUUACCCCUAACAAUGAAUCACUCUUGCAUUGCUUACAGUAGCUCUGGUGGUUCAUCCCAUUUUUCGAAGGAUCUUACAGGGGUAUAUCUUCAGAAAGAGCUCAGAAACUCUAAAGUUCUAGACAGCCACUUCCUUCAAGAAAACUUCAGGGUGAAUACUUCCUUACCUUAUUCUUUCAAUGACGAAGCAGUAAAGACUUCCAGUCUUCAAGUUGGGCUGCCAACUGCUGCUGUACCUCAUAAUCCAAAAGUUGAUGUGAAAACUAAGAACCUUGUCAAGAAGAGUAGUGUUUGCCUCAAGAGAGAUUCCUCAGAUGAAGAGAAUGCUGCAGUGUCCUGGAAAGCUAAGUAUACUGCUCCUAAAUUGAAACACAGCUCUCAUAAUCAUAGCCUAGUCCAUGACAGAGACAGUACUCACAACAAACACAGAAAUCCGAAAGAUGAAUCUAACGAAACCAAACUGUGUACUGAGUCUUUUAAAAUAGCUGAAGAUGAAGAAAACAAGUUCUCAGAUCCAGCAAGAAAUCCCCAGAGUUUUCUACAAUGUCAUAACAAGGAUGAGGACUCUGCUGACUGCUGGGAAAGUCCUCUCCCUUUACGCCAGAGGUUAAAGCUCAGGUUCCAGAACACUCAAAGUAGACUUUAUAAUACUUAAAUUUAAUGUGUGUAAAUGCUGGUAACAUGAGCAGAAGCCAAGCAAACUUGGGUUUGGUAGAAAAUGUACAUGACUAUGUGCCAUUUAAAUCAAAAUUGUAAUUUUAAAAUGUUAACAGCUAGGUGUGGCUCAUGCCUAUAAUCACAGCAUGUCUGAGGUUAAAAGAGUCCAGAGGAUCAUGCACCAGGAGUUCAAAGUCAUCUUCUGGUAUAUGGAGAUUGUCAGACCAAUCUCAGUUAUCUAAGAAAGGAAAAAAAUUAAAAUUUUGACUAUAAAAGAUGAGCCUCUGGUGACAACUUGAAAUGGUUUUUUUUUUUAGAACAUUUGAAUGUCUUCUUGAGGUAUCUUUAUAUUAUCUAGCUUUAACAUAUUAUUUCUUGACAAAGUAAAUGCUUUAUCAUUUUUUGUUCAUCUUAUGUUAGGGUCUAAAGCAACUGUUUACUGUCUAGCCAUCCUCAAGAUGGUAACACUUUAUAAUGGUGUUGCAGUAUCUUUUAUGACCCUUCCUAAUGGCUGUAUUUCCCCUUCAUGUUAAAGAACCAUUAGCAUGCUCUUCCACUUUUAGUAAUGUCAUGUUUGAGGAGUGAAAAUGGAAGAGGAUGUGUAGUGAAGUGUGAUUGUGAAGUCUUGGUAAGGAAAGUUACCUUAUAUACAUUCAGAAGUUCACAGGCACUGUAAGCAGGAAAUAUUUUAAAUCAGAUGUAAACCAAAAGAGAAUUGGAAGCUUCCUCAGGAUCACACAGUAAUAAUAGUAAUGGUGUGGAUCCCAUCUUUCCAGUUUGGUUCUUGUGAUUUUAUUUUUCUGUUUUGUUUGUAAUCUAUAGAACUGUUCCCUUUUGUCUUAAAUUUUAGUUUGCAUGUAAUGUUGACUUUAAUUCCUAUAAGUCUUAAAUCUUACAUAAAUUGUAAAAAUCCUAAAGGCAUGUAGAGUUACAGCUGUUUGUAUGUGACUGGAGCCUGAAAGUAGAGGAUCCUAAGGAAUCCAUCAAAAACGUAUUAAAAGCAAGCCAGGCUUGGUGACACACUUCUUUAAUGCCAGCAUUUGGAAGGCAGAGGUAAGUGGAUCUCUAAAUUCAAGACUAGCCUGGUAGGCAGAGUUAGUUCCAGGACAGCCAGGGCUACACAGAAUUCCUGUUUUGAAAAAACAAAAAAAAAAUUUUUUAAACCAAAAUAAAAACUAUUAAAAGUGAAGAGUAAGUUUGCAAGGUUGCAAAAUUCAAAAAAUAGUUUACUAACUACAUAGUUGUAGUUCUGUAUAUUCAGUGUAUGACUGAAAUUUAACCAAGAAGAUUAAAGUUACUCUGUUUACAACAUGAAGAAAAUGAACACAUUGAACAUGACAAAAUUAGUGACCAUUGAAAAACAAUGGACAAAAUGAAAGUGUAAAUAAAAAGAGACAUUGCAGAUCGUGGCUCAGAAGACUUACCUUGGUGGUACUGUUAGACUGUUGCAUUUACUUGCCAGCACUUGGGAGGAAGAGUUGGAUACCAGCCUGCUCUACAGAGCAAGUUCCAGGACAGCCAAGGCUACACAGAAAAACCCUGUCUGGAAAAACUAACCAAUGAAGAGGAAGAUAAACAACUGUUUGGUUUCAAUCCAAUCCCAUCGAUCUCAUGUCUGUUUGCUCCUCUCCCCACCCCCAGAACAUGGCAAGCUGAUUUCAUUAUUCAGAUAGAAAUUUAACAAAAUAGCACUUCUUGGGACAAUUGGAGAAUUCACCCUUCCUGAUUCCUGAUUACUACAAAGCUGUUUAACUUAAAUAUUUUAUACUGAUAUAAGGGUAGGUGUGUAGAUAAAUGCUAAAUCAGUUGGACAGAAUUGAGUCUAGAAAUAUGCCCUCACAUUAUGGUCAGUUGAAUUUUUAGCCAGUAUGAAGACAAUUCAGUGGGGAAACAAGUCUCAAUAAAUGCUUCUGGAAUUUUUGGC